GGGAAAAUGAGGAAAAUCAAAACUGAAAUGCGGGAAGGAAACAAAGCCUAAAUUCUACACUAUAAAUUCAGAAACCAAAAUUCUUCUCAAACCCCAAAUUCCUUCUGUUCUUAACCAUAAGAAAAAUUGUCAGUUUGUUGGAUAGAAUGGAAAGGAGAAAGCAAUCAAGGGUUUCACGCGAUGAGGAAACAGCAGAAAAUCACUCUUCUUCAAACGAAAAGAGCUUAUAUGAGGUUCUCGGUGUUGAAAAGACGGCAUCUCAGCAGGAGAUUAAGAAAGCAUAUUAUAAGUUGGCCCUAAGACUGCAUCCUGAUAAAAAUCCUGGUGAUGAGGAAGGUAAAGAGAAAUUUCAGCAAUUGCAAAAGGUAAUGUCCAUUCUUGGUGAUGAGGAGAAACGAGCAGUCUACGACCACACUGGCUGCGUUGAUGAUGACCUUGCUGGGGACGUUGUUGAGAAUUUGAAAACCUUUUUCAGGACUAUGUAUAAGAAGGUCACUGAGGCUGAUAUUGAACAGUUUGAAGCAAACUAUAGGGGAUCUGAAUCUGAGAAGAAAGAUUUAAUUGAUCUUUAUAAGAAGUACAAGGGCAAUAUGAAUAAGCUGUUCUGUUCAAUGCUUUGUUCAGAACCUAAGCUUGACUCACACCGUUUCAAGGAUUUGCUUGAUGAGGCAAUAGCUGCUGGUGAAAUUGAAAGAAACCAAGCCUAUCAGAAAUGGGCAAAGAAAGUAUCUGAAAUAAAGCCACCUACCAGUCCAUUGAGAAGAAAGGAGAAGUCAACUAAACAGUCAGAAUCAGACCUGUUUGCAAUUAUAUCUGAGCGCAGAAGUGAGAGGAAAGACCGGUUUGAUUCCUUGUUUUCAUCACUGGUGUCCAAAUAUGGGGGCAAUGCAGAUUCUGAACCCACUGAAGAAGAAUUCGAAGCUGCACAGAGGAAAGUUGAAAGCCGAAAGGCCUCCAACAAAUCAAAGUGCAAAUGACAUCAGUACUUAAUACUAUUUAUGUGAAAAGCCUUAAUAAUCAUGGAAUGUUGCCUUGUGUAGUAGGUGAUAGAGCCAUUUGCACUUUGUCUUGGGCUAUCUCCUUUCUAAUCGAAGGUGGUUGCAUUAUGUAUGCUUUGUCUGUAAAACACA